UGCGUCUGCAUCAUCCGGCAGAGCGGCGUGUACCGGCGGCGCGAGGGGAGGGCCCACAGGCGGGGAGGGGGGGCGACGCGCCCUGCCCACUCAGAAUCUUGCAUUUGUUUGGCAGUCUGUCUCGCUGCAGUCGUGUUCAGAGUCAGACAGACAGGCAGUCGGCGGGGCCGUGCGAGGCUCCUGUAGACCGUGGAAGUAUCCGAGCAGCCAGAGCCCAGGGGCGGCCGGUGGGAGGAGGCAGAGAGUCCGCAGCUGCUGCGCCGAAAACAGCCUCCCAGAGACCCAGAGAGGAAGGAGCAGACACAUGUCAACGGAGCUGUCUGAGGACCGGGACCUGAACGGGUUUGGAGAGCAGGCCACAGACGUCCAGACCAGACCAGCAGAAGUCCGCAGCGGCACAGCGAAGGACAGGAUGGCGUCCAUACCGGAGUUUUACGCCGGGAAGAACGUCCUGAUCACGGGAGCCACGGGCUUCAUGGGGAAGGUGCUGGUGGAGAAGCUGCUGAGGUCGUGUCCUGAAGUCAAAGCCCUCUACAUCCUGGUCAGACCCAAAGCCGGACAGUCCAUGCAACAGAGGGUCAGCGACAUGAUGGCCUGCAAGCUUUUCGACCGUGUGCGGGAGGACGACCCCGACUUCCACCAGAAGAUCAUCCCCAUCAGCAGCGAGCUGACGCAGCCCGGCCUCGCCAUCAGCCCGGAGGACGUGGAGCGGCUCACCGCCUGCAUCAACGUCAUCUUCCACUGCGCCGCCACCAUCCGCUUUGACGAGCCACUCAAACACGCCCUGCAGCUGAAUGUGAUCGCCACGCAGCAGCUCCUCGGCCUGGCCCAGCAGAUGAACCACCUCGAGGCCUUCAUUCACAUCUCCACCGCCUAUGCAAACUGCAACCGCAAGCACAUCGAUGAGGUCAUCUACCCGCCACCCGUCGAGCCCAAGAAACUCAUCGAAUCUCUCGAGUGGAUGGACGACGGCAUCGUGCGUGACAUCACACCGCGGCUCAUCGGCGACCGACCCAACACGUACACCUACACCAAAGCUCUGGGUGAGUACGUGGUGCAGCAGGAGCAGGACAAGCUGAACAUCGCCAUCAUCAGACCCUCCAUCGUGGGAGCCAGCUGGCAGGAGCCGUUCCCCGGCUGGAUCGACAACUUCAACGGGCCCAGUGGAGUCUUUAUAGCAGCUGGAAAGGGGAUCUUGCGUACGAUGAAGGCGAACAACGACGCUGUGGCCGAUCUGAUCCCCGUGGAUAUGGUCAUUAACCUCACAGUAGCUGCAGGCUGGUACACGGCUGUACACAGGCCUAAAACAGCGCUGGUGUACAACUGUACAACAGGCGGCAUCAACCCGUUCCACUGGGGAGAGAUCGAAUACCACGUGAUGUCAACCUUCAAGAGAAACCCUCUGGAGCAGGCUUUCCGAAGACCCAACGCCAACAUCACCUCCAACUACCUGAUCAACCAGUACUGGAUCCUGGUCAGCCACAAGUUCCCCGCCCUCAUCUACGACCUGUACCUGCGACUGUCGGGACAGAAGCCGCAGAUGAUGCGUAUCUUUAACCGCCUCCACAAGGCCAUCAGCCUGCUGGAGUACUUCAGCAGUCAGGACUGGGAGUGGAACUCUGAGAACCUGAGCAUGUUGAUGAGCCAGUUAACACCAGAGGACAGGAAGACGUUUAACUUUGACGUGCGUCAGCUGAACUGGCCCGAGUACAUUGAGAAUUACUGCAUCGGCACCAAGAAGUACGUCCUGAACGAAGAGAUGUCUGACAUUCCUGCUGCCAGGCAGCAUCUGAGGAAACUGAGGAACAUCCGUUACACCUUUAACACCCUGCUGGUGAUCUUCAUCUGGAGGGUUUUCAUCGCCCGCUCUCAGAUGGCCCGGAACAUCUGGUACUUUGUGGUCAGCCUCUGUUUCAAGUUCCUCUCUUACUUCCGCGCGUCCAGCACCUUAACCAACUGAGUCUUCCUCACCGCCUCACACCAGAGACAGCGGCCCCACCUCCGGCCCGUCAGCAGGACACCCGAGACUCUGACCGUCCUCUAAAGACACUCCCAACAACUCUCGCUGUGGCCGAGCGGGACGCCGUUUUUAAAGGUCGUGGGCUGCGGCUGCGGUCGAGUGAAGCGCUCAGACGGGAAAAAAAGAAGAAGCGGUCUUUUAGCCAUGAAUCAUUCGUUUAGUUUGAAAUCUGUCAUCAGUAUCUGCACUGUUCAGCCAUCAGACCCGUCCAGAAAAGAAAGUGUUUCAUUUUGUACCUUCUGUUUUCUUCUCAAAGUGGCCAAUUAUAUAUGCAACAAUACGCCUUCUGUGUGACUUCCAUUUCCUUCCCCCCCCGUCAUCGUCAUCGUAGUCGUGUCCAUCCUCUUGAAUCUCGGUACAUUGCCUUGCCUUGUGAUGAUUUUGUUUCAUACUUGAAAUGCGGCAGUGCUUCAGCGGAGGACGAUUUCUAUAAGAAUCCUUUGGUUCUCUGUUUUUUACUGUGGGGGGUAUCCGGCUCCUCUCUUUCAUACGCAGGUGAUCGGGAAUCUGUAUGUCUUGCAUUACGUGUAUCUACUGCCUUUUUAAGAUUACACCCAAACCGUCUCAAGGCCAAUCCACAGAUUACUGAGACCAGUAUUAAAGCGAUUGCAUCACUACAUUUACCGACACGUACAGAUCUGCCGUCUGUCCUGCUGCUGAGGUCACAAAUGUUAACGUCAACAUGUCUUUGUUUGUCUGAAUGCUCAUCCACUGUUUGCCUGUUUGUACAGCAGUUUGUACUGAAACUAAGUUUACUACUUUUACAUCUUUAUACUUCGUCAGAGGCUCGUCUGAUACGAUACAUGUGGUAGACCUUGGCAGUGUAUUAUAUAUAAAUAAGAGUACAUCAGAGUCCAGUUUAUUUAUACAGCCCUGUAUCACAUACUGUACAGUGACGCCCAAAAGUUCCAGGCCUGUGUUUUAGAAGAAGACGAAAUCCACCAGAACACCUGUUGGUCUUUCAGAGACGUUCAUCCCUCUGUGUACUGAGCGGCAGGUCGUAAUAAUGCUGACAGAGGAGGGGAUUAUUCAACAAUAGGAACCUUUAGAAGUCAAAAUCCCAAACGGGAUCAGAUUCUUUAAGGUCCAGAGUUACACGGUGAAUCCAGAAGUUUAGAUAUGAGAGUGAGGGGAAGAAGGUUAUCAUGGGAGGACAGACAGAUUAAGUAUUAAUAAGAAGUUGAGUUGUUUCUGCAUCCAUGUGGUCGUAAAGUUUAAGAUCUGAAGUAAACACUCUGGAGAAGAUUGGCUGAUCUUUUAUUUUUAACCUUUAUUUUACCAGGUAAGUCAAUUGAGAACUAGUUCUCAUUUACAAUAACGACCUUUUAGCUCGUGAAGUUUGUUAAAGAUAACAGAGAAGGAAUAUAAUUCAUGUUUCAGUAAACAUGGGGGUCAGAGGUCAGGGCCAGUCUAAUCAUGCUCAAUUUCUGCUUCCUGUGACCAACAUGUAAGUCUGGACCUGAAUCCCUAAAGGUUAUUAAAGGUCAUAAACGAGGUACUGAAGGUCGUUUACCCUCCCCUCUGUACAUAGCUGAACUACAUAUUAUUCUUAUAAAGUACCAAAAAGUUGUAUUUGACUGUUGACUUUCGCUUGGUGAGUCUCCUCAGGACUCCACCUCAGAGCUUCCCUCAGAGUCUACCAAAAGUGUUGAGUGUGAAAGGCCGUCUGAUUUUUACUAAACUGUGUACAGUGCUGUUUGUGCUCACGGCUUGACUCCUGACAGAUACCAAUGCUUAACAGUGAUGAGCCUUUACAGGAGGAAAAGGGACAAACUAAAUAAAUGUUUAUGCAAAAGCUCC